AUGACAGGCUCAACUCAAAUGGCAUCUGGUUACAAAGUGUUUGUUCAAAAACCAUUGGAAAUUAAAACAAAAUCCAUCGAAUCAACACUGGUACCACUCGUAACACAGAUUUCAACAUUAGUGAAUUUUAAAGAAAAACCAAGAAAUGCAACAACUGAAAAAACAUUAAAUGCGAUUAAUCGCGUUGGAGAAGCUGUUCAUUUAGCUGUUGAACGAUUUGUAUCUGUUGGUGAGGCAAUAGCCGAUGAAAAUUCAGAUAUUAAAACAGACUUGUUGGAAGCUUGUCACGAAUCAAGAAAUGCUGGAGAAACUAUUCAACGUAUCACAUGUGUUGAGUACAACAAUUAUGGAAAACCAAUCUGUGUUACUGAUCGACAAAGUAUGGUACAAGCAGCUAGAGGAUUGUUAUCAGCGGUAACGAAGGUUUUACUUCUCGCCGACAUGGUUGUAGUUAAACAAAUAAUAAAUGUGAAAAAAAAAGUUGUCACAACUCUAAGUAAAUUAGAAUCUGUACCAUCGUUCUCCGAAUUUGUAAAAGCUUUUGGGCAAUACGGCAAUCAAAUGGUUGAAUUAGCUCAUUUAACUGGUGAUCGUCAAAAUGUAGGAAACGAACGACGACGAUCUCAAUUAUCAGCUUCUCGAACAAUCUUAGAAAAAUCGACAAUGCUUAUUCUAACUUCAUCUAAAACUUAUCUUAGGCAUACGGAAUGUAUACAUGCGAGAAAAUGUCGUGAACUUGUUUAUACACAAGUGCGUCGAGCAUUAGAUAUGGUCCAAUUAAUUGUUAUCGAUUCGGGAUCAACACAAACAAAUACACCAACAUUAUCAUUACUUUUAGCAAAAAAUGAAAUUAAUUUUGUGAAAGCGAUGAGACAAUUUGAAUACGCUGUGGAAAUGCUUCAUGUUUCACCAAGUUCAACCUCAAAAGAAAAUUUAGAACAAUUAUGUAACAAUACAAUUGAUAAUAGUCAAGAUUUUACUGAUUCACCCUAUAUUAGUCAUGAACAACGUGAAAAAGUUCUCGAAUAUCACAAGCGUUUACAUGAUGAAUUAGCCGAAGUUAUCAAAUAUGCAACAACUGACACACCUUUGAUGAAUCGUCAAAGUGAUUUAUUAUCAGCGGCAAUAUCGAAUAUUCAACAAGUAGCAAGAGAUUUUCGACGACAGCUUGAAAAUAUGGCAAUGUUUCGAGCAUCCGAAUUCUUUCGUACUCAUGAUGAGGGUGCGUUAUUAAAUGAAAUAAAAACUUAUUCCAUUACUGGUCGGAUGGAUCUUCUUCAAGAGUCGUCAGACAGAUUUAGAGAACAAGCUGAUAUAGCUCUUGAACUUAGUAAAUUAUUACGUCAUAUUAGUUCGUGUGAUCAACUACAAGUAUCAAGCGAAUAUCAUGAUAAUAUGUUUCAAAACUUAUCAGAUAUGAUUAUUUGUGCUUCACAAUCAUUAGCAUCUCAUCAAAACAGUCGUGUACCAAAAGAAAAUUUAGAUGUUUUAUGUCGAUUUUGGGAGCAACAGAUCAAUGAUUUUUCGGUAUUAGUGAAAGAAAUACAAGAUUUUAUAUCGGGAAAAGGAGAGAAAACUGUUUAUCUAUCGUUACCUCGUCCUGGUAAACAUGGUACAACUGCUCGCAAUACGUUUAAACCAACAAAAUUAGAUUCAGAUGAACAAGCAAAAAUAGCUAAAGUGGGCCUAGAAAUGAAAUUAGUCACAUCGGAAGUGGAUGCUGAAACAGAAAAAUGGGAUGAACCACAAAACGAAGUUGUUAAGAGGGCGAAAAACAUGUCAAGUAUGGCAUUUUCGAUGUAUUUGUUCACGCGUGGCGAUGGUACACUGAGAACAACACAAGAUUUAUUUACACAAGCAUACUAUUUUGUUGAAGAAGGAACACGUUUGUGUGCUAUUGUUCAAGAAUUUUCAAAUCAAAUACCGAAUAGUAUAGCAAGACAAGAUCUUUUAGCACAAUUAGAAAAAAUUCCACUUAUGUGUCAUCAAUUAAAAUUAAGAUUAAAAACACCAGCGUUAGGAAAAAGUUCGACAUUUGCAAAAGUUGAUACUGUAAUCGGUGAAACGAGAGAUUUGAUGAACACAGUUGCCCGAUUAGUUACAACAUGUUUUUUGUGUCAAACGAAAUACAAUAUGGAUUAUCGUUCGCCUCUGAUGACACGUGAUCCAGUGAUAUCUAAUCAUUAUCAUCAUCAACAUCCUUAUCAUCCGCUCUCAACAAAUUCUCGACCUCUUCUCUCCUCGUCUAAAUGGCAUUCGCCUUAUCGAACACAAUCAGUUGAGCGCGGAGCAGGAUUUGAUACAAAUGAUGAAACAGCUAGUUGUAAAUCUGAAAGAGCUCUACGUUCAUCAUCAUUACAACGGCCCGUUAAUUACCUACCAGCUUUCGACCGAAUAUGA